AUGCAGCUGCAAAGCAUGUCAACCACCAUGGCUUCGUUUUCGCCUCCCACCCAUUUCUCAGCCACUCCUUCGUCGCACUCCAGACCUCGUCUCUUCCACAAAACCAACGUCUUCUUCUCUCUCAGGUCCAGGACCCUUGCUCUCUCUUCCUUCAGGGCUGCUGCUGAGAACGGUGUCGGGACUGCCGUCGAGCCGCCGCUGGAGGCCGCGCCCGAACCCUCUCCCCCGCCGCUCGACAAUAGUUCUGUUGGGACCAAUGGGGCUGCUGCUAUCGCGGUUCGGAGUGAGGAAGUUAAGGUUCAAGGCGGUUUCGUGGAUUCGAGAUGGGUUGCAGGAACAUGGGACUUGAAGCAGUUUCAGAAAAAUGGCACCACAGAUUGGGAUGCUGUUAUUGAUGCUGAGGCCAGAAGGAGGAAAUGGCUUGAGGAUAACCCGGAAUCAUCCAGCAAUGAUAAUCCUGUGGUUUUUGACACCUCCAUCAUACCCUGGUGGGCAUGGAUGAAAAGGUUCCAUCUCCCUGAAGCUGAACUACUCAAUGGCCGUGCCGCUAUGAUAGGAUUCUUUAUGGCAUACCUGGUUGAUAGCUUGACAGGAGUAGGCCUUGUUGAUCAAAUGGGCAACUUCUUUUGCAAAACUCUGCUGUUCGUAGCAGUGGUAGGAGUACUUCUGAUCCGAAAGAACGAGGACUUUGAAAACCUUAAGAAGCUGUUGGACGAGACUACGUUAUAUGACAAGCAAUGGCAAGCAACUUGGCAGGAUGAGAAUUCAAGCACUUCCAAAAAUGAGUAG